GGGGGACACGACUCUGUGUGUGUGUGUGUGUGUGUGUGUGCGCGCGUGUGGCAGAGGCGGGGGGGCCGAGCCCCCCGCCCGCCCCCUUAUAAGAGACACAAUCCCCAGCCACUUUUUUGCAAAAGGGGCUUUGCAAAGCAGCCCGCGCACACGCGAGCGACACGAGCCUCCCCGCCGCCGCCGCCGCCGCCGCCGCACGGAGGGCGAGAGGGAGGGAGGGGGGCGGGCAGAGCCGCCCGCCAUCCCCGGCCGCCCGCCCGGCUUCGCCGCCCGCUCCCUUUGGUCGCCGCUGCCCCUUCCCCCUGCCCUCCGUCGCCUCUUUCUCUCCUUAUUUUUUUUUUUUUUUAAGCGACCGCCGCAAAUUUUUUUUUUUUUAAUCCCUCUUUUUAGAUAUUUUUUUUUUCUUUUGGUGGUGGGGGGGACGGGGACCGGGCGCCGCCGCCUCGCAGGACGCCCCCGCGCCCAUGGCCAGCGGUAGCCCCGCCAGGAUGGCCAGCGGCGCCGGGCAGCCGCCCUUUCUGCAGCCGGCCUGCUUCUUCGCCGCGGCCGUGGCCGCCGCCGCCGCCGCCGCCCCGCCGGGGCCGCCGGCGGGGGCUCCGCCGCCUCAAUUGAGCCCGGCGGGCGGGCAGCCCUCGCCGGGCGGCAAGCCCUCGGGGCCGCGGGCCGCCAAGCGGCAGCGCUCGGCCUCGCCGGAGCUGAUGCGCUGCAAGCGGCGGCUGAACUUCAGCGGCUUCGGGUACAGCCUGCCGCAGCAGCAGCCGGCGGCCGUGGCGCGGCGCAACGAGCGGGAGCGCAACCGGGUGAAGCUGGUGAACCUGGGCUUUGCCACCCUGCGGGAGCACGUCCCCAACGGCGCGGCCAACAAGAAGAUGAGCAAAGUGGAGACCCUCCGCUCGGCCGUCGAGUACAUCCGCGCCCUGCAGCAGCUGCUCGACGAGCACGACGCCGUCAGCGCCGCCUUCCAGGCCGGCGUCCUCUCCCCCACCAUCUCGCCCAGCUACUCCCACGACAUGAACUCCAUGGCGGGCUCCCCCGUCUCCUCCUACUCCUCCGACGAGGGUUCCUACGACCCGCUCAGCCCCGAGGAGCAGGAGCUGCUCGACUUCACCAGCUGGUUCUGAGCGCCGCCGGCCCCCGCCGCAGGACAGUUGCAAAAAGGGGGAAAAAAAAUUAAAUAAAAAUAUAUCACACACAGAAAGACAGACAAAAAAUCCACCCAGAAAAAAGAACCUGUUGCAUUUCCC